UUAUGCCAGUGUUGAAUCUGCCAAACAAGACAACCCAAAACCAUCAACAAAUCACACAGGUUCAAAGACCUCUAAGAGGAAUGCGUCUUUAAGUAUUAUUGUGUUUUGGAGUCUGCUGGGUGUUUUACUUCUAACUAGACUUGUCACUCUUGGUGUCCACUAUUUCAUUGUGAUUAAGGACAGCGACAGCCUGAAGGCAAAUCUCUCCAAUGUGAGAAAAAAACUUGCCAUCAUGACUGAGGAAAGAGACCUGCUGCGUGCCAACCUCACUGAAAAUCUCAAAGAGCUUGAAAGGCUUCAGAGUUUGUGCAAACAGAAAAAAACAUGUCCUGAGGGAUGGAGUAAUUUCAACCAUAGCUGCUAUCUCCUCUCUGAAAGCUCUGGCUCCUGGGAUGCAGCCAGAAAGGAUUGCAGAGACAGACAAGCAGAUUUGGUGGUUAUUAACAGCCCUGAAGAACAGACUGCCAUCCUUAAAAUCGCCACAGAAGAAGCUUGGAUUGGUUUGAAUGACAAAGAACAGGAAGGAACAUGGAAAUGGGUAGAUGGAACUCCACUGAUUCUGAUGUACUGGAAACAAAAUCAACCUGAUAAUGGUGGUGGAGUUCCAAAGUGGGGUGAAGAGGACUGUGUUCAUUUCAGUGGUAAUAAAAAACAGUCCUGGAAUGAUCGUUCAUGUUCAGACAAUUAUAAAUGGAUCUGCGAAAAACAAUUUUAGUUUGUUUGUUCAUUUCAGUCCAUUACUCUGUAGUGUGUUACUGAUGGUGUGCUUGCUGGCUGUGGUCCCAACUGCCUUCAGAUGAUUAACAUUGUCAUUUUGGGAAGAUCCAUCACCUUUCUUCCACAGAAAUUGUUUCUGUGUUGAGUUGAGAUCAUGAUUGUUUUUUUUUCUUUUUUCUAUUGAUUGAUUGUAAUCUAUGAAUCACAAUACCCAGAAUUUUGGCUGGGUGGCAUGGGAUCAAAUACUGAUUUCA